CGUUGUGAUAUACUUUAUCCUAAGGAAGCAGCACCGUUUUCCUCCUGGCCCGAAGGGACUGCCAAUCUUGGGGAACGUGUUGGAUGUGCCUCGCGAUGGGCGUGGGUGGUUGACAUACCAGCGAUGGGGUCGUGAAUAUAACUCGGACAUUAUUUAUCUGCGCCUUUUGGGUGGCUCUGUCGUAGUUCUCAACUCAGCCAUGGCCGCGGUGGAUCUGCUUGAGAAGCGAUCUUCCUUUUAUUCCGACAGACAGCACCUAGUCGUGGUUCAUGACUUUGUCGGCGGAGAUAGGGCUUUUGCGUUCUUGGGAUAUGGUGACGACUGGCGAGAACACCGUCGUAUCUUCCACCAGCAUUACCACGGUCAAGUAGUCGAGAAUUACCAUCCUAGAAUGGCCAAAGAAGCCAGAAAGCUUACCAUUCGCCUUCUUACAACUCACGACUUCAUGCAGAGUCUUCGCGUCUUCGCGGGCGCGAUUAUACUUGGUAUCACGUUUGGCAUGGAGAUUCAAGAUCACAACAAUCUAUAUGUGCUCUUAGCUGAGAAAGCUAUAAAUCGUUUACUGGUGGCAGCCACGCCAGGGUCGUACAUGGUCGACUCUAUACCACUGAUGCGGUACAUACCGUCGUGGGCUCCGGGCGGGCAAUUCAAGCAUGAGGCGGCGGACUUAAACGAGCAUUUAACAUUAAUGUUUGAGCAGCCAAUCGAGUUUGUCAAAAAGGCUUUGCUUCAAGGAAUCGCAGAGCCUUGCGUUGCUGCAACCCUUCUGGGAAAUAUGGACGACAAGGAGGACUUGGAGAAGUCAAAGCGCGAACGCGUUAUUCAAAAUGUCACAGGAGUGGCCUACCUAGGGGGUGCGGAUAGCACUGCUUCUGCUCUUGGGACUUUCAUACUCGCCAUGGUCAUGAAUCCCGCCGUGCAGUCUACUGCUCAAGAACAGAUCGACCGUGUCGUUGGAAGUGCCUGUCUUCCGGACUUCACUUACCGCGACAGCUUGCCUUACGUCGCGGCCAUUAUGUACGAAGUCCUGAGGUGGCGUCCUGUAGCUCCGCUCGGGAUAGCGCAUCGCGUGAUGGUUGAUGAUGAAUAUAAUGGCUAUCAUAUCCCAGCAGGUGCUGCGGUGGUCAGCAACGCAUGGGCAAUCUUGCAUGAUCCAGCCCGCUUCCCGAGCCCGGACACUUUCGACCCCACGCGCUGGCUCACGCCGGACGGACAGCUCAGCAAAACGACGUUGGACGCCACCAAUAUGGCUGUGUUCGGCUUCGGUAGGCGCAUCUGUCCGGGAAAUGACUUCGCUAUGGCCUCCAUCUGGAUUGCCAUGGUGCACAUUCUAGCCAUAUACAACAUUGAGAAGCCUGUAGACGAUGCUGGAAAAGUCGUCGAACCGAGCGGAGAGUAUACAUCCGGAUUCGUAGUCCACCCUGUGCCUUUCGGUGCGGUCUUUAAGCCUCGAUCUGAGGCUGGUCGCAGCCUUAUUGAGUCUUUAAUCGACGAUUGAUGUACUUAUGUCAACAUUCCGAACCGAAGAGAGGAUCUCGGAGAUGUAGGAACAGUGCAUCGUAUAUGUACAUACAUGCCAUGAGAGGUUUAUCGCUGCUACCCAGAGCAGAAUCCUUAUCACUUCAAACCUCCCGUUUACGACAUCAUUCCUUACCCAUACAUGAACAUUCUGGACACUGCUCAGCUGAGACAAGCCGCGUCGGGUA